GAGAUAAAAAAAAAAAAGAAAAAAAAGAAGAGCGAAGGCGUGCUUACCUCUGUUGGAUGGGACAGUGCGCGGCGCAGAGAGGAAGUGCGGGAGGAAGGAAGUCGUGUGCGACGCUAAUUCUGCGCGACGACUUUCCUGUGGGACAUCGCUGUUGUGCUAGCGGCCCUGCCCGCCACCGUGGUCUGGGCUAUCGACAGAGGAUCGAAAGCAGAACAAGCCACGUGGAGGGACCAUUCAGGUGCCAUGUGGAAGGGAAUGGUGGGCCUGUCGCCUGCCUACUACGUCCUGAGGAAAGGCGAGGGGGAGGUGAGGGAACUCCAGGAGGAGCAGCAGGGUUGGCGGCAGCCAAGGCAGCAAGGGGGAUUAUCGUUGACGUCAGCACCAUGAAGAGGCGUCUAUGCCACGUGUCUGCUCGGGAGGUGGAUGCCGUCAUGCAAGGGCUGCGUGAGAGGGGAGAGUCCCUAUCCCGACCAGGUCUCGAUGAGAGCACAUCGAAUGGUCUUUUGGAGAAGAAGGUGGGGGAGGAGGAGGAGGAGGAGGAGGAGGAGGGGGGGGGGGGGAGGCCGAACAGCAGGAGGAAGGUUUUCCCUCCGCUUGCGGCUUUGAGAAGCGUACGGAUUGGGGAGUGGCUACCGUUUAACAAGGUAUGGGAUGCGCUGAAGGUCACCGCAUCAGGAGGGGGAGGAGGGGGAGGAGGAGGAGGAGUGGGAGGAGCAGUAGAAGCAGAAGUAGUAGUAGGAGGAGAAAGGGAAGACGAGGAUAGACGGGUGAGGGGUAAGGUUGGAAAGGAAGGGAGACGGGUGGCAGGGAUGGAUGGAGAGGGCAAGGAUGAUGAUAGAGGGAAAGCUGGCAGGGGCAAUGAUGCAAACACAAGCCAAGAAAGAGAGGAGAAGAGCGAGCAAAAGCGGGAGGAGGUUAGCAAGAAGAGUGAAUGGGGCCAAGAGCUAAAGGGUCUUAUAUACCAUAUGGAGCUCGCAAGAGGGGCGUAUCAGAAAGAUUUGCGGGGCUUAGCGCGCAUGUCAAUGCUGCGGCGGAGCCGAAUUCUUAAAUUCGUGAGCAAGGCGUCCGUUAUGGAGCCUGCUUACUUCAUUGCAGUCGACGAUCGGAGAAAAUUGGUGGUGUUCGGCGUACGCGGGACUCUCUCUGUGAAUGAUCUGGUGACUGAUUUGCUGGGCUCUGGAAAGGAUGCUAGCAGUGGGUCGACUGGGGAUCGCGAAAGGGAGCGGUCAGCCGAGGACAAGCAGGCGGAGAAGGCAUGGCUGGAACCGCUGCUGCAGGACGGCGUAUUUGGAAAUUAUGGAAUGACACAGGCAGCAGUUCGCUUGCUAAGGAAAGAACUUAGUACGUUGGAGGACCUGCUUGAGAGGCACAAGGGUUACAAUCUGCGACUAGUAGGCCACUCGCUUGGAGGCGCGACUGCAUGUCUGAUUACGAUGAUUCUACGCAAGAAUGAGAGCAUGCAUCGUAUACCAAAAGAGGCAAUCUCAUGCAUCAGUUUCGCCACACCCCCUUGUGUUCCCAGAGAGGCUGCGAUCGAAUGCGCCGACUACAUCACAACCAUUGUGCUUCAGGACGAUGUGAUUCCAAGGAUGAGCGUUCAGGCAUUUGAGAGGCUGAGGGCUGAAAUUCUGUUGACUGAUUGGAGUGCAAUUCUGAAGGAGGGAGCAAAGAGGGUUGAAUUUCUCAGGUUGGUGGCAAACACCAUAGAGUCUGUGCAGCCGACAUUGACAACAACACUUUCAACGCUGUCGAGCGCGCAGCAGACGGCUUGGAAAUAUGCAUCAAAGGCCAGACUUCCUGGCAUCCCAGGGACAGAGAUGGUUUUGAGUGCAUCGAAGUCAGAGCUGAUCGCGAAACUAACGUCAGGCGGUUCUGCGGCCAGAGAAGCAGCCCUCGGGGCACUGCGGAAGGCCGGAGUUUUGCCACCAGGACCGUCUGGAUAUCUGCCGCAGCCAGGCAUCAACAACGGUUCCAGUCAGACGGCUGGGGAACGGGAAAGGGAAAGGGAAGGUCCACAACAAGCCAGCCACCCCACGCACCUGCAGGAUAUGUCGGCGGAAGAGAAAAGCCCUGGUGCGGUUAAAGAGUCAGCUAUGGCAGCCAUAGAAGUGGACUUGCAUGUGCCUGGUCAACUAGUCCAUCUGGUAAGGAGAACGGGCUCAGGGGAGCGAACAGGUACGACCGAAGGCGGCAAGAAUAUUCCAAAUAUGGAAGGUGGAAACAGUAUUCCAAAUGAAGGCGAUGGGAUGGAUACGGACGUCGUGAAGAUCUUUAUAGGCCCCGUUGAGAAUCGAUUUGCCAGAAUUAUUUUGUCAGACACAAUGGUGUCUGAUCACAGUUGUUCGAACUACUGGUCCGCUCUACGGGAUGCUCUGAAGACCAUCUAGAUGUGUUUUGAACUGCCACCCUAUUCUCGCUUGCAGCGCUGAGGAUGAACCGGUUUCUUCGCAUGGGACAAUGGGGUCUGACUAUUCAUGCU